AUGCCACCGAACCAUUUGCCAGUCGUGUCGGUUGCCGUCUUUGCGUUCGCUGUGGCCGCGUCGUUGCUGUCAUCGGCGCCGAGUGCGGCACGGGCAGGUUUCGCUUGCCUGAGCAGCCCUUGUGCGCACGGCGUGUGCGUUGACCAGCUCAACAGCACUUACACUUGUUAUUGCAUUGAUGGCUAUACGGGUAUCCGGUGUCAGACAAACUGGGACGAAUGCUGGUCUUCACCUUGUCUCAAUGGAGGACUGUGUAUCGAUGGUAUAGCUGAUUACAACUGUUCGUGUCCCGAAGGCUAUGCAGGACACGACUGUGAACUCAACGUUAACGAAUGCCUGUCAAAUCCGUGCCAAAAUAAUGGAACUUGUAUGGAUUUCACCAAUGGAUUCACUUGCCAAUGUCCUGCCGGUUACACUGGGACGAGUUGUGAAAUCGACUUGGCUGUGUGCAAUUCAACUGGAGAAAUACUAUGCAAAAACGGCGGCGAGUGCAUCGAAGGCCCUGGUGUGUCAUUUUCGUGUAACUGCUCACCAGGAUGGAAUGGGUGGACUUGCGAGGACGAAAUCGAUCAGUGUGACUCUCGUCCGUGCAAGAACGGCGGCGUGUGCAUCAACAGGCAGACGGCGUAUUCGUGUGCCUGUCUUUUUGGUUAUACAGGUCGCGACUGUGACGUGGCACUGCGUCUGUGCGAAGAACACGAGUGCCAAAAUCAUGCACUUUGCUUAAUCGAGGACCAGACGUCGGUUUGUUACUGUGUCCCGGAUUACCACGGGAAAUUCUGUCAAUAUCAAUACGACGAGUGCCAACUAGGAAUAAGGUGUGACAACGGAGGGACAUGUGUGGACGGCGUGGACGGUUACACGUGCACGUGUCCGAAAGGCCUGACCGGCCAGUCAUGCGAGUGCGCGUUCCUGGACGACCACAUGGCCAACUGCACCGGCAUCGUGGUGCCGUAUUACACGACCAGCGGUGCCGAAGAAACAACCGCCGCCGCAGCCGUGACAAUCACCGCUCCUGUCACUCAGGUGGACGCCGAAUAUCCACUGUCGUUCGAGACCACGUUUGGAACAACGACGUCACCGUCAGACGGCACCGGUUACUUCAGUAUAUUCGUGGCCGCGACCACACCUGCGGCCGACCGACGGCCAGCGGUCACAUCCACCGAACUGACACCCGAGCUGCAGCCGUAUACCAUCUACACGGACUCGGACGCGGGCGACGAUGACGCGUACGACACAACAAUGACACAGUUUGCCGACACGACCCGACCAGCAAUCGGUCGGACGUCGUCGCCCGACGGUAUCCCCGACCCGGACACUGUAACCGCUGACUAUGACGGUGCGACCAACAGUUACGAAUACGACGCACCCACAAACACGGCCAACCGGAGGUCGACCACUACGGCCGCUGCGGCGGUGGCCAGUCGACCGGCCACCAGCGUCUUGACGGACGCAACGAGCGCCGCCGUGGAUAGAGCAAAAUCGAUGACCACCACCACCGCCUCCGCACAAGUCUCCAGAUCGACGAUCAAUUAUAGACAAUCCGUCGCCACCGACCGAGACGCCGGUACGUCGUUCACCGCGUUCUACGACGAAAUGUCCACAGACUUCGAUUACAACUUCACCAGCUUCGCGGUACCGGUAACCGAUCGUGGUCCGAGUGCCGUGGAUCGGAGUUGUGCUAAUGUUUUGUGCUUGAACGGCGGGCGGUGCGAAAAAUCAAAAACGGGACACAAGUGCAAAUGUACGUUUGGAUGGAAAGGUGAAAUAUGCGGUGAGAAAAUCGAUAUCAAGGUGUCUGCGUUCACAGGACAAUCGUUCCUUAGCCAUAGACUCUCGAACCGUUCUGGUGCCGAGAUAUCAAUGGAAAUACGAACCCUGGCGCCAAAUGGAAUUUUAUUUUACGCACAAGUCACCACGCACAUGUACAUGUGUCUUUAUCUACAGGAUGGUUUGUUAAAGUUUCAAUUCUCGUGUGGAGUGCAAACGAUGUUGUUCAGCGAAACCAGAUACAGGGUGAAUACGGGCCAUCGCCUGUUGCUGACAGCCGCAUUGGAGCACGCCAUGUCACAUUCCAUGUCCGACCAUUGCAAGGCGUCACUUAGGGUCAACGAAACGCUGGCCAUGAGCGGAGAACAGGCGGCGGACACGGCGCCGGAGAAGGUGAAAAAAGUGGCUCUGUUAUAUUUGGGAGGUCUUCCGGCCGGUCAAAACGCCACGGCCGAACUUCCGGUCGCAGUAGGAAUCACUGGUUGCAUAUCACGCCUACAAAUUGACGAAGUCGUUCACAAUGUAUACCAAAACGCCACCGACGGGUAUGGCGUGAUCGAAUGCGCUUCGCUGACAUGCUUGUCCAGCCCCUGUCAGAGCUAUGCCACAUGCGUAGAGUUCGGAGACUCGUGGAACUGCCUGUGUCCUUCAGGGUUUGUUGGGAAGAAUUGCGAGCGGUCAGUGUGCGAAAACAACCCAUGCAAAUUUGGCGCCACGUGUGUAAUUUACCCCGGAAGUGGAUUCAUUUGUUUGUGCCCGCUAGGAAAACAUGGAAUGUAUUGUGAGCAUGAUCUCGAGAUUGGAGAACCAUUUUUCCCAGGUAGCGUCAGUGGGCUCUCGUCGUUUGCCGCAUACUCCAUACCGGCCGAAAUCCAUCAAAGUUUCGAGCUAUCGAUGCAUUUUGUGCCAAAUUUUAUGGACCAAAUCGCUCUGAUGAUGUACAUAGGUCAUGACUCGUCCACCGAUCACGUAGCUCUGAGUUUUAUCAAGGGAUACAUUGUGCUGACGUGGAAUCUCGGGGCCGGUGCCAGAAGGAUUUUCACACCAAAACCUAUAAACUUUCAGCCAAAAAGGGCGCACAUCGUGAAAUUGGGCCGAGACGGAAAAACCGCAUGGCUCAUGGUGGACAACUUCCCGAACGUUACCGGUCAAUCAGUCGGCCGCCUCUCUCAACUUAACACCAAACCCGUCCUAUAUCUAGGCGGCCACGAGUCUCCUGGAAUGGCUGACUUGCCACACGACUUGCCUCUACACACUGGAUUCGUUGGCUGCAUGAGCGAGGUAAAGCUGAAGGCUGGCCACGUGACUGUUCCAUUGAGCCUGUCGCGAGCAUAUUCCACAGUAAACACCGGCAGGUCCGUGUCCCAGUGUUCGACUAACGAGUGUUAUCGAAACAACAUAUGUCAACACAAUGGUGCGUGCAUUCAGCAUGGUUCUUCGUUGGCGUGUGUGUGCGACGAUGGGUGGUACGGUCCGGUGUGCUCUCACCGGUACAACGCUUGUGACGCAAACCGGCACAACUGCUCGGACGGGUCGACGUGCGUGCCGGUGGGUGCGGGAUACGAGUGCGACUGUCCGGCGGGCCGGGCUGGCAAACACUGUGGCCGGGAAGAGAGGCUGUCCGACGUCCGGUUCCUUGGCAAGCGGUCAUUCCUGUCCGUGUCCGCGGCUGCGGAUCUCAACAUGCAGCAGUUCAGCGUCGAGCUCGAGAUCAAACCGUCCGGCGAACACGGCAUCGUGUUCUUCGUCAGACACGACGCGGCACGUAAGAAGUUCAUGUGCCUGUCGUUGUACGGCGGCGUGCUGGAAUUGAGGAUCUCCGUCCGAGGUAACGAUCCACACAAUAAUAUUGUUAUAGGUGCUAUGUACCCCAACCGGGCAUGGCAAAAACCUACGAGUGCAGCCCAAAUAGGCGUAUGA